AUGACAAGGCAAGUUGACGUGUGUGGUCGCGCUAAACGAUAUGUCGAUGCUGACAUGUGUUAUGAACUACCCAGACUACUGUUACAACUGUUUUGCCUACAUAAACGCGCAGUGCGACACAAGAAACUUCAAAAGUACAGGGGCGCUCUUCCUUACGAGCUCGUGGAGAAAAUCAUCGUAGAUGCAUGGUGCACCAUUGGCGACGCUCCCGCUAGAUGGCGUUUCUUUCGCGUUAUUGCAAUCUUGUCCAAGGUAUGGCGCGAUGUGCUCCACGAGGUGGUAUUGCGCUAUGUCUUUAUCGAGACAAUGAUCGACUUCGUUGCGUAUGAGAGACUCCUCUCGCGUUAUGACCCAUGCGCUCGAUAUGUCUCCGUCGUGCUAAACGCUGUGGACCACACACGAUUUCGCGUUGACGAAAUUGCAAAACAUGUUCCAGAGGCGCGAUUCAUAUGUCUUGCAAUCACAAUGGAUAGGCGAUACUAUUUCAACGCUAUCCUCCAAAAUCUCCUAGCGAAGACGAAAUCCCUCACCCACCUCCGUAUUUGUUGGCCUCCCCUUCGUGAUUCUUUUGCAUGCCCCCUUUCUAGUGUCGUCAUUAGCUCAGUGACGCAUUUGCAUAUAGCGCGCCAUCCAUCAGCGUCACUUGGUUCUAUCCUUGCGUCUUUCCCGAACGUAACUCACCUUCGCUUGGGCACACCGUGUUUCCUGAAGAACCUUGUCCCGUACAUGUUCACAGUUCGAGUUCUUAUCCUCGAUGCUCCACCACAGUACAGGGUGCACACAGUCUCUCGAGCUCCGGCUCUCAUAUUCCAAAGUUCGGUCCCACUUUGGAAUAUUUGCGACGCACUUGAGCAUGGCUUGCUGAAGUCUACCGCCAGCUACCCAGGCCGGAUCAUCAUGAAUGCGGGAAAAUCGGACGCUGAUAAGUCCAUGAUCACAGAUAUUGCUCUGAGCUGCCAAAAGCAUGGGGUGGCCUUUGAAUGCAGACGAAGACAUCCGCCAUUAUGGCAGCCCAGUCAUUUGGACUCCAAGCGUUGGGACCAUAACGCAUGGAGCUAA